ACAGAGCAAGCAAGUAAGAUAGAUAGGUAGGAGAGCUAGAGCAAGAGAAGAAGAAAAAGAGCGAGCACACAAGAAAGACAGCGAAGAGAGAGGGUGGGAGUGAGAGCACCAGAGACAGAGGGAGAGAUAGAACGAGAGAGACGGCUCUGUGUUUCCUCAGCUGUUUUCCCGAGGCCAUGGCAGGCAUGGCGUCGGAGCCAGGCACCCAGUCCAGGGUGAUGUUCCAGUCUGCAGACAAAACAGAGGAGCCUCCACAUCGCAAACUGGGCAAGCUGACCGUCAAAUACAACCGUAAGGACCUGCAGAGGAGGCUGGAUAUCGAGGAGUGGAUCGACGAUCAGCUGCACCUGCUCUUUGACUGUGAGGAGGAGGAGAUGCCAGAGUUAGAGAUUGACAUAGAUGAGCUGCUGGAGCUGUCAGACGUGGAGCAGAGAUCCAGACUGCAGGAGUUACUGCAGGAAUGUGGCAAGCCUAAAGAGGACUUUAUUAAUGGGCUGCUUUAUCGGAUUAAGGGCCUACGCAAAAUGUCAGGACCCCUAAAGAAAUAAUGAGAGGUCAAAUCAAGAAUCAAGACCAUGUAAAGCUCCCUCGCCAUUACCUUGUAUUCUGGAUGUCUGUCUGUGCAGUUACAUGUUAAUGGGACCUUCUCUCUGCACACGUGGGUCAAUGUUGGUCUGUAAAGAGAACAGUGGGUUUUGAUUAGUGUUUUAUAUUACUUUGUUUUUGGACCGUUUUAACAUUUUGAUUCCCCUCAAUACAAAUAAUGCACCAGUAAUUAAAUGUAUUGUCUAUUACCCACGUGGAAAGUUUUUGUGUAAGACUGUAUAUUUUUGGUUGCCUAUUUAUGUACAUAUAUUUUUGUUCUGUUAACAGUGUUGUAUGUCAAUAAAACUUAAAAUUUUCAA